GGAUCUAUCAAGUCCGAGGCGUUUAUUGAACCAUGGAGAUCAUCUCAACUGAGAUCCGCUAGGAGAGACCUCUCCAACAAGACGACUCACGACAUCCCUGACGCUCAAUCAAUCCGAUUGCGAGCAUGGCGAGACGACUAUUCUGGCUGGCCCUCGUAGCCGAUAUCCUGGGGCGACAGGCCGCCACCGCUCAACGUUUACUGGUCUCCGAAAAUGGAGACACCACGCCAAUACCUCACUGGGACCUUCAAUCUUCAUCCGAGACCAGUGAGGAUCUUGCGUUCCUGGCGCAGGCUGGAGCGGACACCUCGUCCUGGCACCAUGUUCCCGUCUCGAAGUGCACACUCAUGGGAUGUCUGCUCCAUAUCGGAGUCUACGACGACGACGAACUAUGGUUCUCCAAUAACCUCGAAUCCUUUGAUUGGCGUCAAUUUACCGUGCCUUGGGUUUAUCGUCACGAGUUUUCCCUCGCCCCUGAGGCCGGACAACACUACUUCUUGCAGACUCAUGGCAUCACGUCACGCGGAGAUAUCUACCUCAACGGCGAGCUGGUUGCCGACAGGGAGUUUCAAUCGGGCUCCUACUCGGGACAUGAGUACGACAUCACGUCUUUGGUCGUCGAGGAGAACGCCCUCCUGAUACAGGUCCAUCCCACCAGUUACUAUCACGACCUUGCCCUUGGCUUCAUUGACUGGAACCCCAGUCCGCCCGAUAAUGGGACCGGUCUCUGGAGGCCUGUAACACUGAAGCAGACGGGUGGCGUUUCACUUGGGCCCCUCAGUGCCCUUGUCUCCGUCAACCCCGGCUCCGUCACACUUCGAGCUACUGUCAGGAAUUUGGAGGACGAAGAAGUGGAAGUCUCUGUGCGAGCUGUCAUCUCCGAGCCGGGAGGCUUCGCCCGCCACAUAGUCGAUCAAACAGUGCCACUUGGUCCCGGCGAAUCCCAGGUCGUCGAGUUCAACAAGACCUUUGAGGAUCCAAAGACCUGGUGGCCGAAGCAGUGGGGAGAACAGCCGCUGUACUCGGCGACAUUAUCAGUGUCUGUCGACGACAUCCUCUCGGAUACAGUGCAACAGAAAUUUGGGUUGCGAACCGUCACAUCCAAGGUCGAUAAAGAUGAUGACAUCGUCUUUUCCAUCAAUGGACGUCCGUUUCAGGUCAUCGGUGGAGGAUAUAGUGCGGAUAUGUUCCUCCGAUUUGAUCCUGAACGGUUCGAGGCCAUUGCCAAGUACAUGCUCGACAUGGGUCUGAACACCAUCCGGCUUGAAGGGAACAAUGAGCAGCCCGAGUUGUACGAAAUCGCCGACCGCCUGGGACUGAUGGUCAUGGCCGGCUGGGAGUGCUGUAACAAAUGGGAAUCCUGGGAGUACAACCGGGAGCUGGCCAUCGAUACGCCGGACUACUGGGACGAGAGGGACUACGCAGACGCCAACGCAACCAUGUACCACGAAGCUCAGAUGCUCCAGACACAUCCUAGCAUGCUCGCCUUCCUGAUCGGCAGCGACUUUUGGCCGGAUGACCGCGCCACGAAGAUCUACGUCGACGCCCUGCGGCAUUCCAACUGGCAGCUACCCAUCGUGCCCGCCGCGAGCAAGCGAGGAUAUCCAGAGCUUCUGGGACGAUCAGGGAUGAAGAUGAACGGGCCUUAUGACUGGGUACCACCCAAUUACUGGUACGACACCGAACCAUCCGAGGAUCGACUCGGCGCAGCAUUCGGCUUCGGUUCAGAACUGGGCGCCGGCGUCGGCACCCCCGAGAUGGGAAGUUUAAAAAAAUUCCUCACCGACGAGGACAUGGAUGACCUCUGGCUCCGACCCAACAAGGGGCUCUAUCACAUGUCCACCAACGUCUCGCAAUUCUACAACCGCAGAAUCUACAACGAGGGUCUAUUCAACCGAUACGGUCCUCCAAAGUCUCUGGAAGAUUAUCUCCGAAAAGCACAAAUCAUGGACUACGAAGCCAUCCGUGCGGAACACGAAGCCUUCGCAUCGAGGUGGAGCACCGGCCGCAUUGCCACGGGCAUGAUCUACUGGAUGCUGGUAAACGCCUGGCCCAGCCUGCAUUGGAAUCAGUUCGACCACUACCUGCAUCCCGCGGGUACUUACUUCGGCAGCAAGGUCGGGGCUAGGAUCGAACACGUGUCGUACAACUACGUCGACAGGGGCGUCUGGCUCAUUAACCGCUCGCUGGACCGAAGCGGUCCCCGAACCGUCACUGUUGAGGUGGUUGAUCUCCACGGCAACGAGGUGGCUAGCGAGACGUACGCCGCCGAGACGGUGCCGAACGUCGCUUCGAGGGUUGCUGACGUCCCGGGACUGGGAAACACAACGGACGUCGUAUUCAUCCGUUUGGUGCUGCGCGACAGUGAGAGCGAGAUACUUAGUCGGAACGUCUACUGGAUCGCACCGAGCGUGGAUCAGCUUGACUGGGGAAGCUCGACGUGGUAUUACACUCCGGUCGCGAGGUUUUCCGACUACUCUUCCCUCUUUGACAUGCAACCUGCCUCCAUUGAGACUGCGGUUACCGUGUCAAAGGAGGAGGGAGACGGUUCUUGGACGCACACUGUGGUUUUGGAGAAUACGUCGACCGUCCCGGUGUUCUUUAUCCGUCUGAAUGCUAUUGAUGAGGAUGGUCAGGAUGUCAACCCCGUGACGUGGUCAGACAACUAUGUCACGCUGUGGCCGAAGGAGAAGCUGGAGCUCAGGGUCAAUGAUUGGGGUGGUGAUGCGGCAGUUGUGCAUAUCGACGCCGCCAAUGCUCCUUCGACGUCGCUGGCACUCAGGUAGAAGAAGCCUGCGAUAAUGCUAAACAUGUUUUGAUGGGAAGGGCCAUCACCGCUACACUUUCUGAACGCCGCCGCCGAC